UUGAAAACAUCAGUGGAAAAUAACAAAAAACUGAAGAAUUUGUCAGUUGAAAAAUUUUUUGUAGGAUCACUUCCUGAAAAAGAGCACUGUACACUUUUAACAGAAGAAGCAAGUGCUUCAGAUAUUUGUAAUUUAGCAGGACUUCCAGCUUAUUGUAAAAUUGUCAAAGCAGCCAUAAAAAUGGAAAACCAGGAUACACAACCGAGAAAAAGCCGUAUCGAUUUAGCAUCUUUACCAACAAGACAAUAUUUAGAUCAAACUGUAGUCCCAAUCCUAAUGAACGCCCUCUCCCAUUUGGCUAAGGAACGACCACCAGAGCCAAUUGCAGCACUUGCUGCUUAUUUAUUGAAGAAUCGAUCUAAUUUUGAACAAAUUCCUUCGGAGAGCAAUUCACCCCCAGCUGAGCCAGAAACUGCUAAGAAUUGAGUACGAUACAUUUUAGUUGAAUUUAAAAUAUCUUGAAUGAUUUACAAUUUUAACAGCUAUUCUGUGAAUAAACUAAAUACUUAUUU